AUGAAUAUUUUAUCACUUUGUAAAAUGCUUAAAACAUCUUUAAAAGCUUUUAUCGAAGAGAAAACAGAAUUUGAUAUAAAUUCUAAUAGCAAUACCUUAAUUUUUCACCAAGACAAUGUUUUAUGUUAUAUUGCUUAUUCAACAAAAACAUAA